CACAUAUACGCCAUCUUUCGUACACUUCAGAGAAAACUUCUUUACUCAUAUUCUCAACAAGAGACCACUGUCUAAGGCUAUCCGCUCCGUUAUGGCGCGGCUAUACGAUUCCCUCAUCAUUGGUUCUGGUCCGGCUGGCCUCUCGACCGCCUUAGGACUUGGCCGUGUCCAUCGGACAUGUGCAAUCUUCUCAAACUCGACAUAUCGAAACGCAGGCAUCCAUGCAGCUCAUGCAAUCCUAGGUCACGACGGGAAAUCGCCCGAAGAGAUUCGGAAUGCUGGUCGUAAAGAAAUCGAAGCAUACGGUCAUGCCGAAUUCGUCGAGGCUACCAUUGUGAAAGUCUCCCGAUCACAAACCAGCAACGGUUUGCAUAGCAUCUUUUCAGUGUCAGAUUCCGUCGGACGUGAAUGGAGAGGGCGAACUGUUAUUCUGGCCACCGGUGUUAAAGACGUAUUCCCCGACUUACCUGGUUACCGAGAGAACUGGCCUCAGAAUAUUUAUCAGUGCCUGUUUUGCGAUGGCCACGAACGAUAUCAGCAGCUGAAGGCCGUUCUGUGCUAUCCAAAUGUGAAUCUGAUGUCCAUCAAAAUGGCCACCAUGGCCCAUUUCCAAUCAUACCCUCCAGGAUCAAAAGGAACACCGUCUUCUGGGAAAUCGCUGGUCAGAGUAUUGACCAACGGGCCCGCCAACCCUGAGAAGGAUAAAAGCAUCAGUAACGCACUCAAAGUCCUGUCCGCGUACGGCAUUGAAGUCGACGAACGGCCAGUGUCAAAGCUGGUUGCAGAUCCAAAACAAGGGGUUCAUGUUCAUUUUGAAACUCAGGAAUCGUUACAUUUCGGCUGGAUCUUCCACAAGCCAACUACAGAGCUCUCGAGCACCACGGCAUCAUUCGUGGACCAGCUUGAGCUCGCCACCGCAACUACCCCGUACGGAACCACUAUCAAGACUGAGCCGCCUAUGAACUCGACAAGUGUGCCAGGACUAUUUGUUGUUGGUGAUGCCGGCAAUAUGAUGACCCAUGUCACCACUGCUAUCUCCAGUGGCUUGGGGGCUUCUGGUGGCGUUUCGCAUUUUUGUAAUGAAUGGGAUGAUGCAGACGUAUUGUUGCAGAUUGAGGGUCAGAAGAAGGAAUAGCCACAAUUGACUUCAGCAUGGAUAUCACCACCAAUUGCUGGCAUCAGACAGAGGUUAGAUGAGGUUGAGGCGGUAAUUGAACGAGGGGACAGAAGCAGACUUGUAUCACUGUCAGCGAACAGCCAAAACUUCUGUACUUUUGACAAUGAACAGGAAGGCCAGUUGGUUGAACCCCGCAGACAGGGCUGCAUUAGGGUCGCGGAAUACCGGCCUCAUCCGUCCAAUAUUUACGCAAUCCAUGUCCCUGAAAGCUCACUUUCCUUCCAUAUGCAACGAGGACCGUCAAUCGAAC